AUGUCAGACAUGCAAGCCGCGCUCCAAAAAGCGCGGCACAAACUGCACAACAGCGACAAACCCUGGACAACAUCCCCAAGUCUGACCCCCACACCCUCCCCAUCCGCGCGCUCCACCAACCCCAUUUCACCCACGCACUCGUCCAUCCUCCCAAGAAUCGACAUAUCCCCCUUCCUGCACCCCUCCUCCUCAGCCUCCUCGCGCCUGCAAACAGCGCAAGCCAUCAACGCCGCAUGCACAACCUACGGCUUCUUCUACCUCACCGGCCACGGAAUCCCACAGCACCAACUGGACUCGGUCAUCUCCCUCGCGCGGCAAUUCUUUGCCUUGCCUCUAGCCGAAAAACUCAAGAUUGAGAGAUUCGACGCGGGGACUCUACAGGGCGGCGACGGCGCACGCGGGUACCAGCGCCUCUGUACCGAUGAUGACGGUGGCGGAUUACAGGAUCUACAGGAAGCUGUGGAUUUCUAUGCCGAGUGGCCUGAGGACUUGCGCGAGGAGGGGGAUGCAGGACCUGGCAGCGUGAAGAGUCUCCAAGGAAGGAAUUUGUGGCCGGGGGAGCCGGGGGAGUUGAGGCGAGUGUAUGAGGAGUAUAUCAAGAGGUUUUCAUGUGGCGCACACACGGAUUACGGGUGUGUUACUCUUCUUCUCUCAGACGACACACCCAAUGCACUGCAAAUUCAGCUUAAAGACGGCACGUGGCUUGAUGCCGAUCCGGUCCCCGGCGCGUUUGUAGUUAACAUUGGGGAUAUGAUUGAGCGGUGGACGAAUGGACUGUGGAAGAGUACUCUGCACCGCGUUAUCCAUCGAACGGGGGAUCGAUAUCGCAUUAGUGUUCCAUUCUUCUACGAGCCGAAUUUCUACGCCCAAGUUGCGCCGUUGGAGACGUGUGUGAAGAGGACGGGGGGCACGCGGGUGUAUGAGAGUAGUGUGUAUGGAGAGCAUUUGUUGACGAAGGUGUUUAGUAAUUUUUAUUAUAGUAAGAGGACAGAUUGGUAA